GAGAUGUCUGGAUUAUAUGAGAAGGUGACAUUUGUGGCAGCGGUGACACUGGCUGUCUUGGCCGCGGUGAGGUCAUCCCCAGUGGUGGGAUCGGAGCCUAUCCGCUGUGCCACCUGUACGCAGGAGAAACUUAACGACUGUCCUGCCAUCCCAGCAGACUGCAAGCAGGUGCUAAGGGAGCCCGGCUGUGGCUGUUGCAUGGCCUGCGCUCUGGAGAAAGGAGCGUCCUGUGGGGUUCACACAGCCCACUGUGGUGAGGGUCUCCGCUGUACUCCCAGGCCUGGUGAGGCCAGGCCGCUCCAUGCUCUGACCAGAGGAGAGGGGGUCUGCACUGAAGACCUGGGCCAAGAGGAAGCUGAUGGAGUCCCUGAUCACAGCUCCCUACACUACAUGUUGGGUCUCAACCUUCCCUUUGACAACCAAGACACUGCUGAGGGCCAGGAGAGUAUCAAGACCAAGGUCAAUGCCAUCCGCAACAAGCUGGUACAACAGGGUCCCUGUCACAUUGAGCUGCAUGCAGCACUGGACAUAAUAGCCAGCUCUCAGCAGAAACUGGGAGAGAAGUUCACAACUUUCUAUCUCCCCAACUGUGAUAAGCACGGCUUCUACAAGGCCAAGCAGUGUGAGUCAUCUCUGGUUGGGCCACCCGCUCGCUGCUGGUGUGUCUCUUCCUGGAAUGGGAAGAAGAUCCCUGGAUCGAGUGACCUGCUGGGUGACUCAGAGUGUCAUCAAGAAGUCGCUCACUGAAGGAUGGACACUGUUGUCACUUUUAAACACGCUCACACACACACACAGGCACAUACAUAAACACACGUAGACACAAGCAAACGUGUGUCAUAACUUAACAUCCGGUAAAAGUGUAAAUCAACAUGAAACCACCUGAUGAACUGACAAAAUGUAACAUCCUAUUUCAGAGGAGAAAAUUUCCUCCCAUUUUAUUUACAUGAUGUAUGUAUCAAGACUUAUUUAUUCAGUGCUUGUAUAUUCUUUCUAACAUUAACCAUUUGUCAUUUUUAGAUAUUUUAUAUGUUUGCCUAUUUUUUGUGAUUGUAAAUAGGGCGACACUGUAUACAUUUGUGUUUCUGACUAAAUAACUCCAUUGCUCAAAACCACAGGUCCAAAGUUCUGCCAAGCCCAUUUCAGUCUUCAGGAUCUUUUUUUUUUUUUAUUCAUUCAAAACUGGAGUUGUGCACUGCACGAAACAACACAGCCGCUCAUUCAUUCAACAUUGUUGACAUUGUCUGAAUGUAUCUCCAUUGGCGUUUCCUCAAUGGGUAUUGGGGGAAAUACUUAAAGUGCCGCAAGUAUGUGCACGGUGGCCACGCACAAACAUAUCAGGACUCAUCCAAGCCACCGUGAGGUUUGGGAUAGGUUGUUCUGCAUUUGUCUACCUCUACUAGUCUCUGCAGGUCCACAGGUUUAGGAUUACUGAGGGCUCUUCUCAGCUACACCUUUCUCAUAUUAGAGACUUUUUAUUUGUCUUUUUUGACCCAUCGCAUCUAUUCAAGUAUUUAUUAUGAUUCACUCAUGUAUUUAUGCUUCUGUUUGCUUUUGAGCUCAUGUGCAAUGGGAUAAAUUGUUUGUGAGGAAUGCUGCUAUUUCAUUAUUGGUUUUAUGGAAACAAUGUAA